AUGAGCCACCUCGUCGAACUCGAUCUCAGUGGUAAUAACUUCAACGGCAUUCUCCCGAACGAACUCGGAUUCUUACGAAACCUCCGAACACUCAACGUAACAAACAACUCCCUCCAAGGCACAAUCCCUUACAACUUGAGCCAAUGCAGGAAUCUUCAAGAACUCGAUUUGUCUCACAACUUCAUCGCGGGGAACAUUCCUGAGAAUCUCGGCCGAUUGCGAAAUCUACGAUAUUUAGGCGUCGACCACAAUAAUCUCACCGGAAAAAUCCCGCCUUCGUUAGGUAACUUUUCGAGAUUGGAGUAUUUUUAUCUGCAUGAAAACGAUUUAUUCGACGAAAUUCCGUCUGAUUUAGGGAAGCUAACUAGUCUCAAAGUGAUAGGCUUGAGAGGUAAUAAUCUCACUGGCUCAAUACCUCCUUCAAUCUUUAACAUCUCAUCUUUGCGAAUAGUGGAUCUCUCGAUAAACGGGCUUUCAGGGAGGGUCCCGGAGAAUCUAGGCGAGAAUAUUCCGAAUCUUGAAAGGCUUUUCUUGGAUGGCAAUAGGAUAAGCGGUGAAAUCCCGGUUUUCCUGUCGAAUGCAUCGAAGCUAAACUAUUUGUUUUUUACUGAGAAUGAUUUGAGUGGAGUUAUACCGCAGGAUUUCGGUAGGUUGAGCAAUUUGAUCUGGUUCGAAUUCGAGUACAACCGAAUAUCAGGCGGGAUUCCUUACAGUUUGUUUAAUAUUACGUCGCUCCAAAUCGUGAAAUUCAGGCAUAACUACCUCAGUGGGGAGCUUCCUCGUGAUUUCGGUAAUUGGCUGCCUAAUAUUCAAGAAAUUUUCUUGUCACACAAUCAGUUUAGUGGAGAGUUACCUUCUUCGAUAUGCAAUGCCACAAACCUCGUUCAUUUCGAGGUUUCGAACAAUAGCUUUAGUGGGCCCGUGCCGAUGAUGUUAGGACAGCUGACGAAGCUGGAGCAUUUGAACCUGCAAGUCAACUCAUUAGUCAACAGCCCUUUAUCCACUCAUCUCGACUUUCUUGAUUCGUUGGUCAACUGUAGGAAUCUGCAGUUUCUCAUUCUUGAAUCGAACCCUUUAAACGGCAUCUUACCAGAAUCGGUAGGGAAUUUAUCGAGCAACUUAAAAGUGUUCACGUUGAUAUCGUGUGAGGUCGAGGGCGUAAUCCCACAUGGGAUUGGAAAUUUGAGUUCUUUAUUUUUUUUGGGAUUGUCCGGAAAUAAUUUACGAGGCGAAGUUCCGUCAUCGUUCGUCAGCCUGCAAAACUUAGAAAGGAUAUAUCUAACUGGCAAUGAAUUAAAAGGCCCUAUUCCAAAUGUUUUCUGCAGCAUAAAAGUAUUGGGAAUUUUGCAUCUCGGAGAAAAUAAAUUUUCGGGAUCGAUACCGGAGUGUAUUCAGAAUCUAACCGGAUUACGAGAAGUAUCUUUUGCUGCAAACAAUCUGAGCUCUAGUAUACCUUCCGUCUUUUGGGAAUUGGUCAGUGUGGGAGGCUUCAACUUUUCAAGAAACCGUUUGAACGGCAUUUUACCGACGGAAUUCGGAAACUUGAAAGCAGUCAACAUCAUUGACCUCUCGUACAACGAUUUCUCGGGCGAAAUUCCCGACUCAUUCGGGUCUUUACAGAACCUGCUCACACUCGACAUGUCACGCAACAAAUUCCAAGGCCGUAUACCGAAUAGUUUGAGCAAUUUAAUAGUUAUCGAAUCCUUGGAUAUGUCAUCAAAUGCUCUCUCCGGGAAUAUUCCUCCAUCGCUCGGAUCGCUACGCGAUCUCAACUACCUCAAUCUCUCGUUCAACAUGCUAGAAGGAGAAAUCCCGAAUAAGGGCGUUUUCGUAAAUAUCACUUACGAAUCUUUGAUGGGGAAUUUGAACCUGUGCGGUGCUCCUACCUUAAAUUUUCCGGCAUGCACGACUCAAAUAUCCGGAAAAACGAAAAAACGAAUGUCUCGAGUUCUCAAGAUAACCAUUCCCAUUGCUUCGACUUUUCUGCUUGUGACGAUAUUGAUUCUUGCAUGGAUCGUUUUUUCAAGAAAAAAGAAAGUUAUAGAGAAUCAAACCGAAACAAAUACUCUUCAAAUGGGAUUUCAGACAAUCACAUACCACGAACUCGUAAAAGCAACCGAAAAUUUCAGCGAAUCCACCUUAUUGGGAAGGGGAAGUUCCGGCACGGUUUACAAGGCCAAGCUUUCGGACAACACUUUAGCAGCUGUUAAGGUUUUCGACAUGCAAUAUUCAAGAAAAGCUCUCAAGAAUUUCGAUGCCGAAUGCGAAGUACUAAGCAAUGUGAGGCAUCGGAACUUGGUCAAAAUAAUCUCCACUUGCUCGAACGUCGAAUUCAAAGCCAUGAUACUCGAGUACAUGCCUAAUGGGAGCUUGGACGAAUGGCUUCACUCUCGUGGAAUUCCGUUGAGCUUAAUCGAGAGAGUGGAUAUUUUGAUUGAUGUGGCAACGGCGGUGGAGUAUUUACAUCACGAUUAUACGGUGCCGAUUGUGCAUUGCGAUUUGAAGCCUUCGAAUGUGCUUCUUGAUGAGGAUAUGAUGGCUCGUGUGGCGGAUUUCGGGCUCGCGAAAAUCUUGGUUGAAGACGGAGAAUUGGUCCGAACCAAGACUUUGGGGACUAUUGGGUAUAUUGCUCCAGGUAUAUACUACUCAUAUGCCUCUUCUUUCAUUAUAUAUAUACAUAAACACACACACACACAUAUGUUACUGUAGUCUCAGUUAAAACAGAGUAGAGUAGCUUAUAGGGGUGAAAAUUGGAACGGAUUUUCCCAUUUUGCCGAUUUCGAUCUGAAAGUGUUCAAUUUUUGAACGUAAAUUUUCAUUCUGAAUUCCAAUUGUUGGAUUUUCGAAUUUU